AUGGUGUCGAGCGUGUGUGGUCCGGUUGAUUUGACGCCAGACAAAACACAGAGAAUGCGAUAUUCGUACACUGGUGCAUCUGCACACAUGUUCAGAAAGACCCGGCAAUUUACAGUAUGUCCUGUGACGUCUCGUGCUGCUGCGCCCUAUGCUCUGCUCCCCGGUCAUGCCUCACUCAGCCUUGAUUUGCUGAACCCUUUCCAAACCGCUGGGACGGAUGAGCACCCACAGAACAAAGAUUGCCAACAACAGCCAAAUAGGUAUCAAACCACGACACUGCCCGUAAAGAGCCCCUCAUCAAUACGAAAUCCUUUACUGCUGUGUGGUCACUGGUCAUACCUAGAAAUUCCUUUUCUUGGACGCCGAUCAGAAUAUUGCUCUCUCUCAUAUCAAGUAUCUUCAAUCGUACCCGCACGAUCUGGGUUGUGCUCCCAACUUUCGAAAAGCACCAACCCACCAGACCUAUGA